AUGGAAUCGGAAUCAAUUCCACUGCGUUCCAUCCCUAGUACAAAUGGCGCUGUUCUACUAAGAUGUAGCUACAUGGGACUGUUAAGGAACAUGUCAAAGGUGUACAGGGAAAUGGGCAAACAGGAUAUCAGUUGGCGGAGAGUUAUAGUGUUUAUGUGUGUGUAUGUGUUGUGUUGUAAUUGUGUCAGUGGCAAACAGAUGAGUGAGACACUGCAGAGGGCGCUGUCAGCGGUGCGAGGACCGAGCCCGGGGGCGAAGAAGCUGCUGAAUAUACCCGAAGAUGGAGGUAAAUAA